AUGUCGCUCCGCUAUCGUUACAGCGGCAUUUCUCUUUAUCUAUUAUCGAGCGUCUAUAUUGCGAGCCUAUACGACAUUCCGUACGCUUAUCUAUCGCCUUUCCGAAGGUAUAGACGUACGACUCGAGGGCUCGAUAAGACGGAAACUGCGACUCGCGCGGUAUUAGACUACGAGAGCGCUCCUUUACGCGCCUUCUACCGCUAUUUCUACCUCUUCCUACGACUUAAUAACUACCGCCGAGAGCGCGCCUUCUACCGCUAUUUCUACCUCUUCCUACGACUUAACUACUACUACCGCCGCCGCCGCCGCCGCCGCCGCGCCGUUACCGCCGCCGGCGAUAACUUUAUCGAGAAACUCGUCGUAGGAUAG